UCAAACAUAUUUUGUCAGAAUUUAAACAAAAAGAAGUGGGUAAAUAAGGCUUAAAUGCAAGUCGUUUAGUUACUAUGGAUCUGGUGGACAUCGAUCAGGUCCUGGACAAUCUGGAAGCAGAGCUUAAAGCGGAUGAGCAACUGAGUCGCAAUGCACCGAGUGUAACUGUGAAUGUGGGCGUUGAGACACGCCCAUUGGGAGAUGGUAGCAGUGCUGGCGCCGCUGCCAAAAACUUUGUGGGCGUCUCUCAGGUGUUCAACAGUCUCAACGAUUAUCGCAACAAUGUGAAAUCCCUGGAGACGCAUGAAAGCUACGACUGGACGCUGGAGGCAGCUCAGCGGGAUGAGCAUGGACAGGGGGAAGGGGAGGUGAACAGCAGACCAAUUGAAGUGGAAGUGGAGGAUAAUGAUGAUCAUGACGACAUUAACAAGUUCAGUGAGGCGCAGGAAAAACAAUCAAAAUUGGGUGAUGAGAUAAGAGUCUCCUCAUCCGAAUCCCUGACCACCUCUUCCUGUUCGACAUUCUCGUCGGGUCCGUCGCCCGGCAAUGGCAGCAAUUCGGAUGAGCCGAGCACGGAGCCGCCAGAGAGCGAGAAACCCAGCGCCUUGGAGUUGCCACCAAAGGUUGAACAGGAGCAGGAUCAGCAGCAAGUGGAAUCUGUUGCUGUGGAGGAUUUGGCUGUGGGACUAUCCUCCAUUUCAAUAACCACAGAGUCCCAGUCAAUUUUGCCCUGUGAGGUGACCGCAUCCUCGGCAUUGGGUAAAGUGCUCAACGAAUUGUCCGAGGAGACGAGCACGGAGCUGGACACGCAGAGUCAACCACAGCAGGCAGCGGACAAGGACAUUCUACCAGCGGAGCCCGCUCCAACGUUGUCAGCAGCAGGAGCUCUGGAGCAGCAGGUGGCGCCUCAGUUGGAACAGUUGGAGCAGCAACAGGAGCAGCUGCCUAAACGUAGUCAACCUCUGACCUUUUGCUCCACAAUGGAUGAAAUCUCAGACACAGAGCUGGACAGCAUGUUGCAGGAAGUGGAGGUGGAGGAUAUUGAGGAGGAAACGGCAGAGGAACUGCAGCCAGCGGCAUUGUGCUACGAAUAUCAGGCGCAAGAAAUAGAUGAUGAUGAUGACGACGAGGAAGGCGCCACUGAAUCACCAGUCACUGAGGAGGAAUCUGUGCGCAUUUUGUCGGAGCAGGACACCACAUCGGCGGAUCAAUUGAAUGUGGACAACUUCUCGCAGGCAUCCACUGUGGAGUUUGCCGAGCUGCGAGCACAGGAAACGUUGCCAGCGACGGCAACAGGUGCUGAGGAGAUUCCCUCAUCCUACAGCAGCACCGCCAGCGACACAGAUUCACUGUCUGGACGCAAAAUGGAGGAGGAGGAGGAGGAGAGUGUCGGCACGGAUGCGCUGGAAACCCAAGAGCAGCGACCACAACGUCCACAAACAUUGGACUUACAGGCCAGCCUCCAAACGAAUGCGGGACAAACUCCGCCGCCAGGCAACGAGGAGCAGGCGGCAGCUCAGGGAGAAUUGCAAUUGGAGCAGCAAGCUGAAGCUGGAGCAGAAGCUGCAGCUGCAGCAGCUACGUCACAAGCGGCUAACAAUGAGGAUGAGGAUGACGAUAGUCCCAUUUAUGAAGCCGUUGGCUACAGCGAUCCACAUGCGAAUCUGGGCAAAGUGCCGCCCAUUUGGGUGCCCGACAACAUGGCCGGACAGUGCAUGCAAUGCCAGCAGAAGUUCACCAUGAUCAAGCGGCGUCAUCAUUGCCGUGCUUGUGGCAAGGUGUUGUGCUCCGUCUGCUGUUCGCAGCGUUUCCAUCUGCAGUUCGCCAAUGAGCCGGAGUCGCGUGUCUGUGUGCAAUGCUUCAUGAUACUCACCGAACGUCAGUCCAAUGGAGGCGUCUCUGAAGGCUUUGCUGGUGUCCCGCCCUCUGCGUUGCCGCCAACUCCAAUGCGCUCGCCCAAUCCCAACAAUCCCAUGGAGUAUUGUUCAACCAUACCGCCGCAUCGUCAGGUGAAUGCAGCAGGUGCAAUCCCGCCCAGCGUCAUUGUGCCCGUGGGCGUGUUGAAGAAAACCGACGGCAGCUCCUCCAAUUCCUCCAGCUCCGAUGGCAAAAAGGGACGCAAACGCAAGAGUGUCAUGUUCAGCGAUGGCAUUGCACCCGGAAGCGAGCUGGCCAGCACCAUGGAGCAGCAAUGGGGCGAGGCAAAGCAGGCGCGUCGCGGUCUGCAGCGCAGCAACAGCGGCGCGGGACAAAAGCCACCAACACCAGGAGCCAACGGCAGUGGCAGCAACAAUAGCAGUGGCAGUGGCAGUGGCAGCAGUAUUGACAAUAACACCGCCAUGGGAUUGGUGGCACAGCUAUUCCGUGGCUCCAUACCGCCCACGGCAGCGGCAGCAACACUUACCGCCGUCUCAAGGGCAGCCAAGAGCAGAGCGGUAACGCAGACUUCACCGCGUCGCAAAGUGGAGCCACAACGCUCGAGAAAAUUGCCUCCGAGCGAUGCUCAGGGUUGUUUCAUACCCAGCGAGGAGAACGCAUUGCCGCCCAUUUGUGUCGCUGGGCGGGAAGGGGGCAACAGCAGCAGCAGCAACUGUGAUGUGGAGUACAAGGAGGUGCGCAACGAUCCCGAUCUCUUGGAGCGUCUGCAGCGUGAAACGCUCAAAUUCAUUGUGAAGAACAAUUUCUUUGUGCUUGUCAAGGUGGUCAACAUGAGUUGCUGCAUGAAUCGUUGGGUGCUUAACUUUACCACAUCGGGAUUGCAUCAUGUGGGCAACGAUGAGUUAAUUAUUUUGCUGGAGAUCAAGCCGCCACCGGCAAGCAGCGGUCCGACGGUGCCUCGUGAUAUAUUCCAGCAUCUGUAUGAGGUCUAUGUGGAGGCCGAACAGGCCAGAUCCAGCACACAGGAGUUGGCCUUUAGCAGUCCUCGAAAUGUCAACUUUUUGGGCUCCCGCGAGCAUGGAGGCUUCAUUUUUAUUAGGCCAACGUAUCAAUGCCUGCAGGGAGUUAUUGUGCCCGAUAAUCCGUAUCUGGUGGGAGUGCUUAUACAUCGCCAUGAGGUGCCCUGGGCCAAGGUGUUGCCGUUGCGUCUCAUCCUGCGUUUGGGUGCACAGUAUCGUUACUAUCCUUGUCCUUUGAUCUCGGUGCGCAAUCGUGAAUCUGUAUACGGCGAGAUAGCGCAAACGAUUAUCAAUUUCCUGGUGGAUUUUCGCAAUUAUUCGUAUUCAUUGCCCGCCAUACGCGGACUCUAUAUUCACAUGGAAGAUCGGCAGACUACGGUGAUAAUACCACGAUAUCGGCAGAAUGAUGUCAUCAAGGCUAUAAACAAUGCCACCGAUCAUAUUCUCGCAUUUGCCGGCAACUUCUCGAAAGUGGCUGAUGGACAUUUGGUUUGCAUGCAGAACAUCAACGACGAUCGCUCCGAGAUGUAUGCUUACUCCACGCAGGCAAUCAAUAUACAGGGUCAGCCUCGAAAGAUCACUGGCGCCAGUUUCUUUGUGCUCAACGAGUCGCUUAAAAGCAGCAGCGGCCUCUCCGGCAAAUGCAGCAUUGUCGAGGAUGGUCUCAUGGUCCAAAUAAUGCCCGCCAAAAUGGAGGAAGUGCGUCAGGCUCUGCGUAAUCAAACGGAUGUUGAUAUUGUUUGCGGUCCCAUUGCUGCCACCGAUGAGCAAAGUGAAAUUGUUAGCAUCAAAUGGGUCGACGAUGAUCGGGAUAUCAAUGUGGGCGUCAAGUCGCCCAUUGAUGACAAGCCCAUGGAUGGUGUGGCCAAUAUGCGUGUUCAUGCCAGCUUCAACUAUUCCAAUACCAAUUAUGCUAUACGUUUAACUGACAUUUUUAUUGUCAAGUGUGAGGAUUGGUAUGCCACAAAUGGCAACAACUACGCAGACAUCACUCGCAUUGCAGAGCAAUUGGCCCGAAGCGCUUCAAUGGCGUUGCUACCAUUCCUAGAUCUGCUGUCGGCUGCUGGCAUUAAUAAACUGGCACUUCGUGCCACUUUGGACCAGGAGAACGUUUGCUAUGAGGCCGGCGCACGUGGCACAAAGCUGCCACCGCUUUAUAUGAAUGCGCUCGAUAAUCAUCUGAUAGCUACGCUGCACGGCGAGUCCUCUGGCAUUCAGGAUCCCAUUAUAUUGGAACUAGUUUUCUACAUACUAAAUGCUUAAAUGCAAGCUGGAUAUACCCGAAAGUCUUAGUCCAAUCGCUCCCACUCCCGCUAAACUGUCUAAAAAAACGAAACCGAACACAAUAAUACAUAUAUUAGGAGAGAAUACUUUCUUAAAAUUUCUAACCACGCAUAGCUAUGUAAGCCUAUAAAGUGAUCAAGUGUUGCAGCUAUCCGGCAGUGCGUCCUCUUAUCGUUGCAUUACAAUCUCCUCCGGCUGCGACAAUGGAAACAGAUGAUAAUGGCGCACUUACUGUAUAUAAUUACUACAUGAUAACAUAUUAUCGGUGUUUUGUUUGCUCUAUUUUUCCAAUUCAUCUUCUGUUUUCUUUUUCGAAAAGUCAACACACAAUAAGUGUAAUUCUUAAUGUUUGUAAUCGUCGUUUUAUUGCAUUUGGCUGUUUCUAAUUUUUUGAUAAUUCAAUUUCCAAACAUUUGUCGACUUUGUAUGUUUUUAGUGAAGAUUGUUUAUGGUUUCCAACAAAACAACAACAAAAAUACUUGUAUGUGAUGUUCUUUAUUAUAUAUCCCUGUAUAUUUUCAAUAUAAAUAACGACUAUAUAACUGUUAAAA